UACCAUAAACUCACAAUGCAAAAUGGCUUCAUCUCUGGUUUCUUCCUUGACCACCCGAGCCAUAGUCCUCUUACUUGUGAACAUAUCUUUCUCAUUCAACAAUCUGGCAGCAAAACAUAGACACCAUGCCACUCAUCACCACCGUUUUCAUAGCCACUCCCCUACAUCAAACCUAAGACUCCACCAAGCCUAUAUUGCCCUCCAGGCAUGGAAAAAAACAAUCUACUCUGACCCAAAGAACUUCACUACCAACUGGGUUGGUCCUUCUGUGUGUAGCUACACAGGCGUGUUCUGUGCACCAGCUCUUGAUGACCCCGAGAUAAGAGUUGUUGCUGGCAUUGACCUCAACUCUGGUGACAUAGCUGGGUUCCUCCCUAAUGAAAUAGGCCUACUCUCUGACCUUGCACUUAUCCAUCUAAACAGCAACCGCUUUUGUGGCAUCAUUCCAGAAACUUUAGCCAACCUUACACUUCUCUAUGAGCUUGAUCUCAGUAACAACAGAUUUGUAGGUCCUUUCCCUUCUGUUGUGCUCCCUCUUCCCACUCUACGCUUUCUUGAUAUCCGCUUCAAUGAAUUUGAAGGGCCACUGCCUCCUGAGCUUUUCAACAAAGAACUUGAUGCAAUAUUUGUUAACAACAACCGCUUCACCAAAAUGAUUCCACCAAAUUUUGGUAUAAGCACAGCCUCAGUGGUGGUGUUUGCUAACAACCGGUUCGGGGGCUGCAUUCCACCGUCUAUAUCCAACUUUGCCAACUCUCUAGAGGAACUUGUUUUAAUCAAUAACAAUUUGACAGGGUGUUUGCCACAAGAGCUGGGAUAUCUCUACAAAUUGAGGGUGUUGGAUGUGAGCUCUAACAGUAUAGUUGGUCCUAUACCAUACAGCCUGGCAGGUUUAGCUCACUUGGAGCUACUAAAUCUUGGGCAUAAUAUGCUAAGUGGGAUUGUAUCAGAGGGAGUGUGUCUUCUGCCCAGCUUGAAAAACUUAACAUUCUCAUACAACUUCUUUUGUGAGGAGCAGGGAAUAUGCCAGAAUUUGACAUCAAGAAAAGGCUUAAAGUAUGAUGAUCGUCAAAAUUGUUUUCCAGAGAAACCAUUGCAGAGAAGUGCGAAGGAAUGCAAUGCCACUCUUGAGCACCCUGUUGACUGCUUCGAGCAUCCCUGUGCUGGUGCUGGAGGAGGUGGUGCUAAAACUGCUUUUGGAACUGCUUUUAUUCCUGCUGCGGCACCAGCAAUAGUGCCAGUGUCCUCACCUUUUAUCCCUCCAAGUUACACAUAAAGCAACCAUAUAAGGUAGUAACUUUCAGAAGCAAAAUAAAAUCCAAAUUUGGGUGAUACAAUGACCUUGUAAAUUACUCGUGUGCAGCUUGUAAAUAGAUAUACCUAUGAUUAGAAGAAAUCACAUCUCCCUCAACUUGAAAAACCAUGUAAAUGUAAACUCUCAAAGAUUUGGAAAUGGCUACCAGAUUUAGUCCAAUACAAAUAAAAAUUUGACAGAAACCA